CCACCCCACCCUAAACUAAAACUGGGCCAAAAAUUAAAUUAAAAAAAUUAAUACUUUUGGUUAAAAUGGGGAUUAAAGAUUAAAGAAAGAAAGGUUUCAUCAAGUGGAUGUCGGGCGGCCAUAGAUAAGCAACGCAAUCACCACCAUCCACACGUCCACUUCCAAAAAUUCAAUACACCCACCUUUGACAAUACCUCUAUAGGUUGCUUUACAUUGACAAAAAUUUUUCUCACAGAUUCAUAGAAACAUCAUCAAUAUAUAUAAACAAAUCAAAUUUCAAUUUUUAUUUUCCUUUUUAAUAUAUAUAUAUUUUUUAUAAUAAAGAGAAAGAGAGAAACGCCAUUUUCUUUCUUUCUUUCUUUCUUCUUGUUGCUGUAUCUGUGUGCGGUCUUUAUUGGAUUGUUAUCUUCUGUAUUUUCUUAUUCUUCUUCUUUUUCUUUGUGUUUUGGGUUUUCCAAAAUCUUUCCUUCCAGCUGUUGGUUAUUCUUGGUUCAAUCCUCUUUUAUGGCUUUGGUUUUUAUUUUCUUGCUGUGUAUUGGGGCUUUGCCUUCGAUUCCUUUCGUGUCUGCAUCGGCAUCGGAUUCUGUUUGCCCUAAUGAAUCUGUUCUGUUCUCAUGUAAUCUCCAAUCUCAAUGUCCUCUAUCGAUCUCCCCAAAUCCUCCUCUUGAGGUUGAUGGGAAAUUCCUGGACAGAGCAUUAACUUCAAAACAGAGAAAUUCAUGCACAUCUAUUCUCUUCUAUGCUUCCUGGUGCCCAUUUUCACAAAAUAUGCGACCUAAAUUUAAUAUGCUUGGUUCCAUGUUCCCUCAAAUUGAACAUUUUUCUGUUGAGCAAUCUUCAGCUUCCCCAAGUAUAUUUUCAAGAUAUGGAAUCCAUAGCUUGCCUUCAUUAUUAAUAGUCAAUCAGACAUCAAAGUUGCAAUAUCAUGGACCAAAGGAUCUUCAAUCCCUUGUUCAAUUUUAUGAGAAGACAACAGGUCUCAAACCAGUUCAAUGUUUUGGUGAAGAUGAGCCAACUGGUUUGGACAGUGGUGAAGAAUCAAUCAUGCAGCACUGGGAUGUGUCUUCCUUAGAGGAGAUGAUGAAAAAGGAACCCUAUUUAGUAUUUGCCGUAUUGUUCCUUUUUCUGCGAGUACUGUUAUUCAUAUCUCCGAAACUGGUGUCUCAUCUAAAGGCUUUCUAUGGAUCAUAUGUUCCCCAUUUCAACUUGGAAAUAUUUGGUGAGACAAGUCAAUUAUUUGGCCGUAUCCUGCAUAUGAUUGAUGUGAGGAGGAUUUGGGUGAAGCUGAGAUUAUGCAAGGCCAGGAACUUCCAUGAAGGUGCAAAAAAUUGCCGGGUUUGGGCUUCCUCCCUGGCUUCUGUUUCAUUAGGUGAAUCUUCAUCAGCUAGAUCACAAUCCUAAUGCAGACACUGCCUUUCCUGUGGGAUUAAAGGAGCUUAAUGAUGAGGUAAUGUAUUGUGAAUGUGUUGAGGCUCAGGGAAGGUAGUCUAGCUCUUUCUGUGUCUCUGUCUCUCUCCUGUUAAAAUUUUACUAUUAACUAGUGAUGAUGAUGACAACUACGAUGAUAAUAGCUCAAGCUGUUGUCCUUUGUUUGAGUUUCGGGAGGAAUUAAAACAAGCAUGUAAAUUUGAGAACAGCUUUGCCCUUUUUUGUAUAUUAUUUGUCAUUUGGAGUAAACCUCUUGAACACAUCAGUGGAAUUUGUUAGCAUAUGUUAUGUGCUCUCUUUA